CUCCUUUCUGCUACUCUCUUGUGUGACUCCACAUUAGUUUCAUUCUUCUUUUUUAUUUCAUCCCCAAUCUUUCACCAUGAGACACAUAGUUUUUCGAGAUCCAUAUGUGAAUGAGACCUAUGAUGUAACAAGAAGUCUCAGCAAUCUUUGGGAGAGUAUAAGAGUGCCAAUUAUCGCGCCUAUUCUACGCAUUGCAGUUUAUAUAUGCAUAGUGAUGUCUGCUUUGCUUUUUGUAGAACGAGUUUACAUGGCAAUUGUGAUUACAUUUGUCAAAUUUUUUGGGAAGAAAAGAUACACCAAGUACCAGUUAGACAGCAUAAAAGAUGACCUAGAGAAAAACAAGAACUACCCUACAGUGUUGGUUCAAAUCCCUAUGUUUAACGAGAAAGAGGUUUACAAGCUUUCAAUAGGAGCUGUAUGUGGGCUUUCAUGGCCAUCGGAUCGACUCAUUGUGCAAGUUCUUGAUGACUCCACCAGUGAAGCCUUAAGGGCAAUGGUGAAAUUGGAGUGCCAAAAAUGGAUGGCGAGAGGGGUGAAUGUUAAGUAUGAGACGAGGGACAACAGGAAUGGUUACAAGGCUGGUGCUCUUCGAGAUGGCUUAAAAAAGCAUUACGUUGAAGAUUGUGAAUUUGUUGUGAUCUUUGAUGCAGACUUCCAGCCUGAAGGAGAUUUUCUCUGGAGGACUGUCCCCUACUUACUUGAAAACCCAGAGCUGGGCUUGGUUCAGGCAAGAUGGAAAUUUGUUAAUGCAGAUGAGUGUAUGAUGACUCGGCUCCAAGAGAUGUCACUAGACUAUCACUUCACUGUUGAACAAGAAGUGGGCUCCUCAACAUGCUCGUUCUUCGGAUUCAAUGGAACUGCUGGAGUCUGGAGGAUCCGAGCAAUAAAUGAUGCAGGUGGGUGGAAAGAUAGAACCACAGUAGAGGACAUGGACCUUGCGGUCAGGGCAGGCCUUAAGGGCUGGAAAUUCCUGUUUGUGGGUGACCUCGAAGUAAAAAAUGAACUACCAAGUACGUUUAAGGCGUACAGAUAUCAACAGCACCGCUGGUCAUGUGGACCCGCUAAUCUUUUUAGAAAGAUGUUUAUAGAAAUCAUCACCUGUGAGCGCGUAUCACUAUAUAAGAAAUGGCAUGUGAUAUAUGCAUUCUUCUUAGUAAGAAAGAUCAUCGCCCACUGGGUCACAUUUUUCUUUUACUGCGUUGUCAUCCCUGCAACAAUAUUAGUACCAGAAGUUCAUCUUCCGAGGCCGCUAGCAAUUUAUCUUCCAGCGUGCAUAACUAUUCUCAAUGCAAUUAUCACUAUAAGGUAUGAAGAUCUAGAUAAGCCAAAUACAAUUUCCUAUUCUUCUAUUUUCCAGAAAUCUCCCAAGGAAUUAAUUAAUUUGAAGCCCCACUUAUUUUUUCACAGAUCUUUACAUCUUCUCGUCUUUUGGAUAUUGUUUGAGAACGUUAUGUCUUUACAUAGAUCCAAAGCAGCCAUUAUAGGACUGCUUGAAGCCAACAGAGUUAAUGAGUGGAUAGUGACUGAGAAGCUGGGUAAUAUGAUGAAGCAAAGGUUCAGUGCAAACACAGCAAAGAGGCCAAGAUCACACAUAAGAGAAAGGAUCCAUAUAUUGGAGCUUAUAAUGGGGAUGUGCUUGCUGCAUUGUGCUGUGUACAACAUGUUCUACGGGAACAAUCAUUUCUUCAUCUAUCUACUGCUGCAGGCAGGGGCCUUUUUUGUAGUUGGACUUGGAUAUGUUGGAACAGUCAUACCCAACUAAAGAUGACGAUGCAGAUGAGCUGAUGAAGACUGGUUUUAAUGACUACAUAAAAGAGUACUAUGUACAUGGGUGUCAGGAGUGUUUGGUUUGUUACUCGUAUUACACAAUUAUACAACAAGUCAAUGCCGUUAUUGGAAUAAAUAAUUUGUCUGAUGAUUUGGAAAUCU